AUGUCCACCAUCAUGUCCACCAACAUGUCCACCAACAUGUCCACCAUCGUGUCCACCAUCGUGUCCACCAUCAUGUCCACCAUCAUGUCCACCAACAUGUCCACCAUCGUGUCCACCAACAUGUCCACCAUCGUGUCCACCAUCAUGUCCACCAUCAUGUCCACCAUCAUGUCCACCAUCAUGUCCACCAUUAUGUCCACCAACAUGUCCACCAUCAUGUCCACCAACAUGUCCACCAUCGUGUCCACCAUCGUGUCCACCAUCGUGUCCACCAUCGUGUCCACCAACAUGUCCACCAUCGUGUCCACCAUCGUGUCCACCAUCGUGUCCACCAACAUGUCCACCAUCAUGUCCACCAACAUGUCCACCAACAUAUCCACCAUCAUGUCCACCUUCAUGUCCACCAACAUAUCCACCAGUACCAAUAGACAUCGUCUACCAUCAAGUCAAAACCAGAACCGGAAAAUGAAAAACAAACGUGACUGA